AUGUUUUACUCGGGAUGGUUGGCUGGUGGGUCAUGUCUCAUAUUUCCUCAUCUUCCUGAGCGCAUCAUACGAAAUUUCGGAUACACUCAGACUAUUCUUAAACACUCUGCUAUUUUUGCUCCUCCUACUAUGAUGCGUAGAGAGAUGAAUGCAAUGUUUGAUGAUUAUCUUAGUCAUCUGGUACCGAAGGAGGCACACAAUACCAUAACAAAGAGUGACUGGAGCUACGUCGACGGGUACAUAAGGUGGUUCUUCAGGGUGUCACAUCCGUAUAUGGUGCAGGCUGCUCUAGGAGAUUCACUGCGGCCAGCUCAUCAGAAGAUACUAGAGGAGGAACAAGCACAGUUAGGUCAUGCUCAUGAUGUAUUUCCUAGAUGUCGUCGCAUAUUGGAGAUUGCGCAGACAACCAUUGACAUAGAUAUCUUCUCUGAUGGGUCUGAGCUGAGGCGAGAGAGACACUAA